AUAGUGGGCUACAGGCCAACUUCGGCUUUCCAAGAACAUGGUUGCAUCGAGCAUAUCUUUGCUAGAUUUUAAAUAUAACUACAACUUCUUGCUUACUUUGUGAUGCGGAAACUCAAAACCGUAAUCACUCAUGUUAUAUUUUUUGUUGUUGCUUUCAACGCUAAUAUCUGAAACCAGUUUUCGCUGGUCUAAGAUCCAUUUGCAAGAAAUGUCAACAAAAUAAAAAGCUCUUAUCAUUCCCACGAGUUUUAGUUAAGUGAUUGUAGAUCUUAAGAGAGAGAGAGAGAGAUGGAGAUAUCGAAAUACAAGGCGGUGCUAGCGUUAGUGAUGUUGCAGUUUACGUCCGCCGGAGUUGCACUCUUCACGAAAGCUGCUUUCAUGGAAGGUCUCAAUCCCACCGUCUUCGUUGUUUACCGUCAAGCCAUCGCCACUCUCUUCAUCUGCCCCAUCUCUUUCAUUUCCGCUUGGAGGAAAGAAAACAAACCUUCUCUGGGAGUAAGAGGCUUUUGGUGGGUGGCUUUGACGGCUGUUAUUGGUGUGACUGUUAAUCAGAACGCUUAUUUCAAAGGGAUUGACUUGUCUUCUUCAUCCAUGGCUUGUGCCAUGACUAAUCUUAUUCCUGCCGUCACCUUCAUUAUCUCCAUCAUUGUUGGGUUCGAGAGUAUAAAGAGGAGAAGUAUGAAAAGUGUUGCAAAAGUAAUAGGAACUGGUGUCUGUGUGGGAGGAGCCAUGGCAAUGACUUUUCUCAGAGGUCCAAAAUUGCUCAAUGCCUUGCUCAACCAAGACAACACAGCUUGGUUACUCGGCUGCUUCUUCCUUCUUAUUAGCACAUUUGCUUGGUCUCUUUGGUUGAUCCUUCAGGUUCCUAUUGCCUCUCACUGUCCUGACCACUUGUACACUUCUGCCUGCACAUGUUUCAUCGCUACCAUAGCUUCUUUCCUCGUGGCUCUCGCCUUAGGCAACACUCAUUUACCGCCCUGGAAGCUUGAUUCCUUCUUGAAGCUCUCUUGCUGCAUAUACUCUGGAUUCCAGUUGGCGAUAUCUUUCUUUCUACAAGCUUGGAUCGUAUCACAGAAAGGACCUGUUUUCUCUGCCCUCUUCAACCCUCUUUCUGCAGUCAUCGUCACUUUCUUCGGCGCUCUGUAUCUAAAAGAACAGACUUACCUCGGGAGCUUGUUAGGCGCUUUGGCUAUCAUCCUUGGUCUCUACAUUGUUCUCUGGGGCAAAUCUGAAGACUAUCAAGAAGAAUCAACAGACCUGAAAUUGGAAAAUGAACACAACACUUCCUCUCAAUCUGACAUUGUUUCCAUUAUGAUUGGUGAUAAGGCCUUUCGUAGUUCGGAGCUAUUAGAACCUCUUCUCAUGUGAGUUUUAUUGAAGUCAGUUCUACAUGGUGUAAGUGGAAAUUUUUGACAAUGGACACUUAAAGAAUAUGAAAAUGAUAAUAACGCAAAGUGAAAUGGAACUUCUUUUACAAAUCUCACUCGUCUCAACAGAUGUAUAAGCUACUCAACACACAAAAGAGUCGAAAUAGAAGCACAAGCAAGUGCUUUUGUAACUCAUUAUGUUGCAAAUUUAAGAGAGAAAAUACAUUGAAAUUGCA